AUGCAUGAUAGGACUCAAUGUUUAGCUGAUUAUCAUAUAAAGAAAAAUAAAAAAAGAAGUGAAUGUGAGUUUCAGGGCCUGUCUGGUCUUUAUGAGAGAGGUCAGAGGUCAGCUGCUGCCGGUCCUCUAACUGCUUCAUACCGAGGCUCCUCCAGCUUCAUACCGAGGCUCCUCCAGCUGCUUCAUACCGAGGCUCCUCCAGCUUCAUACCGAGGCUCCUCCAGCUUCAUACCGAGGCUCCUCCAGCUUCAUACCGAGGCUCCUCCGGCUGCUUCAUACCGAGGCUCCUCCAGCUUCAUACCGAGGCUCCUCCAGCUUCAUACCGAGGCUCCUCCAGCUUCAUACCGAGGCUCCUCCAGCUGCUUCAUACCGAGGCUCCUCCAGCUUCAUACCGAGGCUCCUCCAGCUUCAUACCGAGGCUCCUCCAGCUGCUUCAUACCGAGGCUCCUCCAGCUUCAUACCGAGGCUCCUCCAGCUGCUUCAUACCGAGGCUCCUCCAGCUUCAUACCGAGGCUCCUCCAGCUUCAUACCGAGGCUCCUCCAGCUUCAUACCGAGGCUCCUCCAGCUUCAUACCGAGGCUCCUCCAGCAGGCCGAGGCUCCUCCGGCUUCAUACCGAGGCUCCUCCAGCUUCAUACCGAGGCUCCUCCAGCUUCAUACCGAGGCUCCUCCAGCUUCAUACCGAGGCUCCUCCAGCUUCAUACCGAGGCUCCUCCAGCUUCAUACCGAGGCUCCUCCGGCUGCUUCAUACCGAGGCUCCUCCAGCUUCAUACCGAGGCUCCUCCAGCUUCAUACCGAGGCUCCUCCAGCUUCAUACCGAGGCUCCUCCAGCUUCAUACCGAGGCUCCUCCAGCAGGCCGAGGCUCCUCCAGCUUCAUACCGAGGCUCCUCCAGCAGGCCGAGGCUCCUCCAGCUUCAUACCGAGGCUCCUCCAGCUUCAUACCGAGGCUCCUCCAGCAGGCCGAGGCUCCUCCGGCAGGCCGAGGCUCCUCCAGCAGGCCGAGGCUCCUCCAGCUUCAUACCGAGGCUCCUCCAGCAGGCCGAGGCUCCUCCAGCAGGCCGAGGCUCCUCCAGCAGGCUGAGGCUCCUCCAGCUUCAUACCGAGGCUCCUCCAGCAGGCCGAGGCUCCUCCAGCUUCAUACCGAGGCUCCUCCAGCUUCAUACCGAGGCUCCUCCGGCUUCAUACCGAGGCUCCUCCAGCAGGCCGAGGCUCCUCCAGCUUCAUACCGAGGCUCCUCCGGCUUCAUACCGAGGCUCCUCCAGCUGCUUCAUACCGAGGCUCCUCCAGCUUCAUACCGAGGCUCCUCCAGCAGGCCGAGGCUCCUCCGGCAGGCCGAGGCUCCUCCAGCUUCAUACCGAGGCUCCUCCAGCUUCAUACCGAGGCUCCUCCAGCAGGCCGAGGCUCCUCCAGCAGGCCGAGGCUCCUCCAGCAGGCCGAGGCUCCUCCAGCAGGCUGAGGCUCCUCCAGCAGGCCGAGGCUCCUCCAGCAGGCCGAGGCUCCUCCGGCAGGCCGAGGCUCCUCCAGCAGGCCGAGGCUCCUCCGGCUUCAUACCGAGGCUCCUCCAGCUUCAUACCGAGGCUCCUCCAGCAGGCCGAGGCUCCUCCGGCAGGCCGAGGCUCCUCCAGCAGGCCGAGGCUCCUCCGGCUUCAUACCGAGGCUCCUCCAGCAGGCCGAGGCUCCUCCAGCAGGCCGAGGCUCCUCCAGCUUCAUACUGAGGCUCCUCCAGCAGGCCGAGGCUCCUCCAGCUUCAUACCGAGGCUCCUCCAGCUUCAUACCGAGGCUCCUCCGGCAGGCCGAGGCUCCUCCAGCAGGCCGAGGCUCCUCCAGCAGGCCGAGGCUCCUCCAGCAGGCCGAGGCUCCUCUGGCAGGCCGAGGCUCCUCCAGCUUCAUACCGAGGCUCCUCCAGCAGACCGAGGCUCCUCCAGCAGGCCGAGGCUCCUCCAGCUUCAUACCGAGGCUCCUCCAGCUUCAUACCGAGGCUCCUCCGGCUUCAUACCGAGGCUCCUCCAGCAGGCCGAGGCUCCUCCAGCUUCAUACCGAGGCUCCUCCGGCUUCAUACCGAGGCUCCUCCAGCUGCUUCAUACCGAGGCUCCUCCAGCUUCAUACCGAGGCUCCUCCAGCAGGCCGAGGCUCCUCCGGCAGGCCGAGGCUCCUCCAGCUUCAUACCGAGGCUCCUCCAGCUUCAUACCGAGGCUCCUCCAGCAGGCCGAGGCUCCUCCAGCAGGCCGAGGCUCCUCCAGCAGGCCGAGGCUCCUCCAGCAGGCUGAGGCUCCUCCAGCAGGCCGAGGCUCCUCCAGCAGGCCGAGGCUCCUCCGGCAGGCCGAGGCUCCUCCAGCAGGCCGAGGCUCCUCCGGCUUCAUACCGAGGCUCCUCCAGCAGGCCGAGGCUCCUCCAGCAGGCCGAGGCUCCUCCAGCAGGCCGAGGCUCCUCCGGCUUCAUACCGAGGCUCCUCCAGCUUCAUACCGAGGCUCCUCCAGCAGGCCGAGGCUCCUCCGGCAGGCCGAGGCUCCUCCAGCAGGCCGAGGCUCCUCCGGCUUCAUACCGAGGCUCCUCCAGCAGGCCGAGGCUCCUCCAGCUUCAUACUGA